CUGACGAUAGUGCAUCCGGAACAAGCGCGCCUCCAUUUUACUGCUGCAGUGCAGUUAAAAGGUUCUCUGGAAUUGGCGUCUGGCCGUACCGCGGCUCUUAAGAAACGAUGAGAUGCCGAACGGUAGCCUCUGCCCGGACUGCGGCUCCUCUGAGCUCGUGGAAGAUUCGCAUUACUCUCAGAGCCAGCUGGUGUGCUCCGACUGCGGCUGCGUGGUCACCGAAGGUGUCCUUACCACUACCUUCAGCGACGAGGGCAACCUCAGAGAAGUAACAUACUCUCGAAGCACAGGGGAAAACGAACAAGUUAGUCGCAGCCAGCAGCGAGAUCUCCGUCGAGUAAGAGACCUGUGUCGAAUUCUGAAGUUGCCACUAACGUUUGAGGACACAGCAAUCUCCUACUACCAAAAGGCUUACCAGCUGUCUGGCAUCCGCGCUGCUAGGCUGCAGAAGAAGGAAGUGUUAGUUGGAUGCUGUGUUCUAAUCACCUGUCGGCAACAUAACUGGCCCCUCACCAUGGGAACCAUCUGUGCUCUGUUGUAUGCAGAUCUGGACUUGUUUUCCGGCACCUACAUGCAGCUGGUGAAGCUUCUGGGGCUGGAUGUGCCAUCCCUGUGCCUGGCAGACUUGGUGAAGGCUUAUUGCGGCAGCUUCAAACUGUUCCAAGCGUCCCCAUCCAUUCCAGACAAAUACGUGGAGGACAAAGACAAGAUGCUGUCUCGCACCUUACUGCUGGUGGAGCUGGCGAGUGAGACGUGGCUGGUGACUGGACGGCACCCCUUGCCGGUCAUCACUGCAGCCACCUUCCUGGCGUGGCAGUCUCUGCGGCCUGCAGACCGGCUGGCCUGCUCGCUUGCCCAGUUUUGUAAGUUGGCAGACGUGGACCUGCCUUACCCAGCGGCCUCUCGCCUGCAGGAGCUCCUGGCCGUGCUGCUUCAGAUGGCCAGCCAGCUGGCCUGGCUACAGGUUCUAAAGCUUGACAAGCGGUCGGUGGUGAAGCACAUAGGUGACCUUCUCCAGCACCGCCGCAUGCUGGUCCGAAUGGCUUUUCGAGAUGCGGCAGCAGAAGUGGAGAGCAAGAAGCAGCAGCAGGGACAGGGGCAGCAGGAAGAGGUGGGGGAUGGUCCCUUCGAUUUGCCCAAGAAACGUCCCGCCAGUCCUGCCCUCCUCCUCCCCCCCUGCAUGCUGAAGCCCCCCAAGCGGACCCAAACCAUGCCCCCCGAUUCUGUAGUGACUGGAGAUGAGAACAUUUCUGAUAGUGAAAUAGAGCAGUAUUUGCGCACCCCUCAGGAAGUUAGAGACUUUGAGAGAGCCCAAGCUGCUAGCCAGGCAGCCAUGAGUGUCUCUAACCCUCCCUGAUGCAUGUUCUUUAAGGUGUUUUCAUUUGUGGCUGCAGUUUAUUAACAGGUCUGUUGUGUUGCAAGAAAUGACUAUAUAUGG